UACUGCACUGCGCGUGCGCUGCCUGCACGCGGUUCCGGGUUCGCAGGUCUGCUGAGGAGCUGAGACUCGACUGGUUUAGGAAGUUGCUUUUGCUCCCUCCGGUUCCCAGAUCGCCCGCCUUGUCACUUAGAGGUGACCGGGAGGCUGGUGGCUGGGUCAAGUUGGGAGUGGCAGCUCCGGGCUUCGAACUCGCGCUCCGCGCUGGGAGAGGCAACGUCGAACCCAGAUGACCCAGUCUUUGGUUUGUCCCGAGACCGUGAGCAGGGUCAGUUCUGUGCUUAAUCGCAACAGCCGGCAAUUUGGAAAGAAACAUCUUUUUGACCAGGAUGAAGAGACGUGCUGGAACUCUGACCAGGGCCCCUGCCAGUGGGUGUCACUCGAGUUUCCCCAGCGUGUUCAGAUCACACAGCUGCAGGUGCAGUUCCAGGGUGGCUUCUCUAGUCGACACAGCCGCUUGGAAGGUUCACGUGAUGGGGAAGCCCUCAGCAAGAUUGUAGAUUUCUACCCUGAGGAUACCAAUGCCCUUCAAACCUUCUCCAUCCCCACCAUGGAGGUGGACCGGCUGAAGUUGACUUUCGAGGACACCACCGACUUUUUUGGCCGUGUAGUCAUCUACCACCUGCGGGUGCUGGGUGAGAAGGCAGGGUGAGAAGUAUCGGCGGUUACUUCCUCCAGGAAGCCCCCCUGGGAGGCACCCAGAAGCCCUUCAAGUUCUGCACAGAUUUAUUGGUUCCUGUUGGGGAGGGCUCUUCCCACCACUGUCCAGGAGCUGCCUUCCAAGCCAGUCGUGGGCUGACUGGUUUGUCCCUGAGUGCCUGGGUUCCCAUCAGGCUGUCUUCACUCGGGGUCCGCAGGCCCCAGGGUACUCUGGAACAGUUUGAGGAUGUGGCUCUCCAUCACCUGUUGCACUGUGGGAGGAGGUGGGAGGAGGUGUGAGCUGGGCACAGGGGCUGAAGAAGGUGCUCAGA